AUGCCGAGAAGUGAGCUUGUGCGGGACAUGGAAUUGCCCACCAAGUUUUAUCCAGAUUCCACGCACCACUAUUCCUAUCAGCCAGAUUACAGCAGUACUGGAACUAGAUACAAUAAGAAAGAGAUAUGGAAAAAGGACAAAACGCUCGGCCGAGGAGCAUUUGGGAUGGUUUGGCUCGAACGAUGUGUGAGUGGAAACACAGUCAAGCUACGUGCUGUCAAAAUCAUCACUAAGGACCCAAACCCUUUACAUCAAAAAUACUGCGACCAGGAACUAAAUGCAAUUGCAAAGUUCUCGCAGAUGAAGUACGACGGUUUAUUUGUGAGGUCUGUUGGAUGGUUCGAAAAUGAACAUUCCCUCUAUAUUGCUAUGGAACACAUCAAGAAUGGCGAUCUUCAUGAUAAUUUGAAAGGCCCAUUGCCCGAGAAAGAAGUUCAACAGAUUUCUUUUCAAAUCUUGCGCGGUCUCCAACAUCUCCAUGAUAACCACUUUAUCCAUCGAGACCUCAAACCCAAGAAUGUAUUCGUCAUGUCAACAGGUCCUCAAUGGUGGGUCAAGAUCGGUGACUUUGGUGUCAGCAAACGGUUCAAUGAGGAUGCCGCAAAUCACACUCAAGUUGGCACUCCAAGAUUCAUGGCGCCUGAGAUGCAGCAUAUAUACCCCUCUAGACUCAGUCCUUCUCAAAUUGAGACUCGUCGCCUUCAUUUCGUAUAUGGUGUCGAUAUAUGGUCGUUGGGCGUGAUGACGUCAAUUUUACCAUCUAACAUCUUACCACUCGCUAUCAGCUCGAAAGCUCUUACCUUUUUGAAGGCUCUACUAGCCGCCGAUGCUAUGCUGCGACCAUCUGCCAAGGAGGCCCUCGAGAAUGCGUGGCUGCAAAACCUUGCUUCGUUUGAUCUUGGCUUAGAAACAACUAUCGCGGGGUUGAAUCUUGGCACAGCAAUCUCAGCCUCAUCAGAAGCCUCAAACUCCUGGAAUAUUCCAUCUCAAUCCACUGAAGUAUCCAAGAACCUGUCAACCAAGCAUUCCACCAUACAGUUCCCAACGAAAGGGACGCAGCCUCGUGUGGCUAAUGCUGUCUACGAUGAAAACUCAGCUGUCACAGUUUCCGAAAAGACCAUGGAGACCCUUCAAUUAUCACGUGGUGAUACUGUCCUAAUCAAGGAAAAGAACGGCAGGGACACUGUUUUGGUCGUCUUGUCUAGAAAUAACCUAGAGGAUGGAUAUGCUUACAUUAACCGUGUGGUGCGUGACAACCUCCACGUCAGGGAAGGUGAUGUUAUCACUAUGCGCUCUUACCUCAAUAUCCAAUACGCCAAGCGUAUUACCGUCCAGCCUACGGCAAAUAACCUCGAAGGCUUCACUAGCUCUCUCUUUGAUGUAUACCUCACUAUUUACUUCCGCAACGCAUACCGCCCAAUCCGAGGGGGCGAUCGAUUCACCGUAGGAGGUGACAAGCGAGAAGUGGAAUUUAAAGUUGUUGAGAUUGACCCUGCGGAGUAUGGUGUUGUUGCGAAUGACACAGUUAUCCACUUUAUCAUUAUUCACGGCCGCUCUGGAUUUUUCUGCACCAAGACAAUCACCAGUCCCGCCAUUCCCACUAUUGUUGCAGACUUCCGAUCGGGUUCAGGUUACACCUGGAUCGGAUCUGCCUAUCUCUUGGCAAAUGCAACUUCCAGUCCAGUAUGGGGGAAACUUAGCGAUAUCUGGGGACGCAAAGCAAUGCUGCUGACUGCGGUCGCGGUCUUUUUUGUCGGUUCUCUCCUCUGCGCAGUAUCAACCAAUAUGCCCAUGUUUCUCAGUGGUCGUGCCAUCCAGGGAAGCGGUUCGGGAGGCGUCGUUAUCCUUGUCAAUAUCUGCAUCACAGAUAUGUUUGAUAUAAGGAGUAUGUACCUGGGACUAACCAGUGUGGUCUGGGCACUGGCCAGUGGUAUUGGUCCGGUCCUAGGCGGAGUGUUCACUCAACUCGUCUCAUGGAGGUGGAAUUGGUGGAUCAACCUACCUUGCUGUGCAUUGGCGUUUAUCAUGCUGAUCUGGCUUCUCAAUGUUGACGCUGGAGCAAGCCGACUAUCUUUCCGAUCUGGCCUGAAAAGACUUGACUGGCUUGGAAUUGCCACCAUUUUAGGAGUCACUUUGCUCCUUCUCCUGGGCCUGAAUUUUGGAGGAGAAACUUUCCCGUGGAAUUCACCAACGGUCUUAUGUCUCAUUGUAUUCGGAGUCAUCACCAUCCCAUUGUUCGUGCUCAGUGAAGUAAAAUACGCCCGGUUUCCCAUCAUGCCAAUGCGUCUUUUCAAACAUCCCUCAAAUAUGGCAUCAUUGUUGGUUUGCUUUUGCCAUGGUUUCGUCUAUAUCUCUGCCUUCUAUUUCCUUCCUCUUUUCUUCCAGGCUGUGAAGGGAACAUCGAUCCUGACGUCGGGAGUUUUGAUUCUUCCCAUCGCUAUCAUUCAAUGUCUUACAGGGAUUGCCACAGGAUUCGUCAUAAAGCACACUGGCCACUUUUGCGAGCCCAUCUGGACCGGAAUGGCCGUAUUAACACUAGGGUUCGGUUUAUUCACUCUUUUCGACGAGCAUAUGUCGAUAGUCAAAAUUGCAGUGAUUGAGGCUGUCGCUGGGUUUGGCGUAGGUAUGAAUUUCCAGUCGCCUCUGAUCGCGCUGCAAUCCCAUGUUGCCUCGGACGAUUUUGCAACUGCAACUGCAACUUUUGGGUUCACUCGCAAUAUCGCCACCUCUCUUUCUGUUGUCAUCGGAGGAGUGGUCUUCCAACAUAGCAUGCAAACUCAUGCCACAACACUUACAAAUGUCCUUGGAGAUGAGAUGGCAGCACACUUUGACGGGUCUAGUGCGGAAGCCAAUGUAGGCCUGAUCGCAUCACUCCCUGUCCACCAGCGCAAUGCAGUCCGCAUAGCGUAUGUCGCUAGUCUUCGUUCCAUGUGGAUUUUGUAUGUCUGCGUUGCCGCGGUAGGACUUUUGGCUAGCUUGAUGGUCAACAAAAAGUCCCUUGAAGGCCCGACCGAUAGAAAGUCAAAUGGCCAGGUGUCAGAGGAACUGCAGUCCCACGAGCUGCCACGAAUAACUCAAAAUUCAUCUCUCACAUUCUAG